AUGCCGGGACAACAUGCUCUAAGAUACAUUCAAAAUGCAGAACCUGCCUAUUAUUGGACCAAAUUUUUCGAUUCGGGCCCGCCUGAUAAUGAUGGAGAUGAAACUGAAGACAGAACUGAUCACAAGAUACAGGCUAAUCAGGAAAGCUACGAGUUAUUAUGCGAGAGCCCAGCUUAUGCCGAGUGUCGGGUGAAGGGGUCCAACGUUCCGUGGUACGACUGGGAUCCAUCAUUCCUUCCUCAGUACGAGUUUCCGUGCGACAGUGCUGGGAUUAGUUGCGAAUCGCAAGGCGACGGACAAACAUGCCCCGACCUUGAGGUCCGAUAUGCUUGCCUCAACACCACAUUUGAGAAUGAGCAAGGUGAAUCUAGCACUGGUGGAUCCGAUCCAAGAUCAGAUUCUGAUGGGCAGGUGCCUAACUCUAGACAGCCCUCGAAUACUGAAGAUCCGUCGAAUGGUAACACACAACUGCCUAACUCUGGGCAGCCUUCGACUACCAUGGCUACCGGGCAGUCAUCGAAUGAUGUCAUCGGGGACUCUGAUCCGGACCUGCCACCGGCAAACAAUAGUGAUAACCCACCGAGGCCUACUACGACGAAUGGACUCACCAAGAAACCGUUCGAUAUGGUUAUCAGAGACAAUCUGAACUGGAUCUAUCCCGUCUUGAUUGUAUCACUUGGAGCUGGAAUUCCAACACUAAUCGCAUGCUACUUUCUUUGCCGAAAGAAAACUCCCGAAGAAAUUAAGGCAGAAAUAUUGGCAGCAGAGAAGAAAAAGGAGGCUGAGAUGAUGAAUAUGGGCCCAAUGGGAGCCUCAGACAAACCGUGAUUUUCCAGCUACUCCCCCC